AAAAGUCGGAAAAAAAAUUGCCAGGUUAUAGACAUACUAGGAUUUCAUUUGAGCUGCCAAAGCCGCGGUGACCCAAACGCGGUCCAUUUGUCACACCUGGCUUAGCGAGUUACGCCACGCACCCAUACGUGUAUCGCGUGCAGCACGACGUCGAAAUCCGCAGUGAUUUCGGCGCGAUAGCGGUGAUAUACGAGAUCCAGAGCUCCAGAGCUGGGCACCGGUACGACGUCGCAAUCACACGCAGCCAUCAUGGGGCUAGAGCUGGGCCCAAAGACGCUCUCCAGCCCAGCGCGGCGCUCGCGCGAGUCCAUCGACAAGGCCGAAAAAAUAUUGGCGCGCGUCCGGCGCGGGCGAGCUGCGGCCGCCGGCUCGCCGACGCCAGCGGCAUCGCCCUACCGAAACGUCCUGCGCGAACGCGUCGACACGCUGCACAAACGGCUGAGCGAGGGCGGCGCGCCGACGCCGGCGCCCGACGACGACGACGCCGCGACGCUGUCGCCGGGCGGCAAGCUGCGCGCGGAGCUGAGCCGGCGGGCGUCGGAGCGCGUGGCCGUCGCCGUGAGCGACAUGCGCCAAAAGCUGGCCGAACUCGACGGCGCAGCAGUCCCGGAGUCGGACGUCGCGCGCGCCGUCGGCGAGCUGUCGGCGGCGGUCAAGCGGCUGGGCGACGACCAGGCGCGGGCCCACGCUAUAGCGGCCGCGGACCGGCAACGGAUCCUCAAGGCGAGCCAAGCGGCGCUCUGGCGCUCGAACGUCGCCUUGUUUCUCAGCGCCCAGCUCUACGCGCUCGCACUCGGGGCGCUAUACUUUUCGCUCCCGGCGGGAUUCUUCGACGCGGGAGGUGUCGCGCUGACGUCAUAAGUACAAUAAUAGACA